AUGGCUGAUCCUCUCGCUAUCGCAUCAGGGAUUGCCGGGCUGCUUUCGCUUGGUAUUCAAGUCACCCAAUCUUUGAUCAGUUUCUACGCUACAUACAAGGACCAAGACUCCGAUCUGGCAAAUGUUACGCAGAAUCUCGAUAACCUUCAGAGCAUUUUUCGAGCCCUUACUGUUGCAGUGGACGAACGCCGAUUGCAUGCCGACACGCAAGAUCUACUACGAGAAGUCGAGAAGGCGGUACAGAAAUGCGAGGAAAUCAUCACCGAGCUGCAGAGCGAGUGUGAGAAAUUCCGGAAAGACUCGGCCGCCGGUUUAAGGGAUCGCGUUAAAAUUGCUGGGCGUAGAGCGGCCUAUCCAUUUCGGAAAAGUACCCUACAGAAGCUCGAAGAAGACAUUAGCGACAUACGUGAAAAUCUGUCGUUCGCACUCGAUGUCCUGCAGGUUAAGAACCAGAUCCAGGUCCAAGAUAGUAUAUCGGAAGUCAAAUCACUGGUGGAGCGAACAAAUGCUAGUCAAGUCUCACUCACCAUUCGUUGCUGGCUUAUGGCACCGGAUGCGUCUAUCAACCACAAUGCUAUGUGUGCAAAAUGUCAUCCAAGUACAGGACUAUGGUUCGUCAAGGGCCCGCAAUUUCGGACUUGGCUAGAGGAACGCAAUUCCUUGCUGUGGCUCAAUGGUUUCGCAGGAUGUGGCAAGUCGGUCCUCUGCUCAACCACAAUCCAGCAUACGUUUCGUGAGACGAGAGGUAGGCAUGGGAUCGGAAUCGCGUUUUUCUACUUUACCUUUAGCGACAAGGCAAAACAAGAUGAUAACGGCAUGCUACGCGCGGUGCUGUUGCAGCUAUCGGCACAGCUACAAGACGGUGAGAGAGAUCUAGAGCAACUACAUGCAUUGUAUAAAUCCGGGUCUCCUCCAGUGGAUGUGCUGCUUGACUCACUACGACGCUUCCUUGAACGAUUUCGCGAUACUUAUCUUCUGCUCGAUGCGCUAGACGAGAGCCCCCGAUACAACAAAAGGGAAGGUGUCUUGAAAGCGAUCAAGGAGAUACGCAGUUGGCUAAUACCUGGAGUCCAUCUUUUAGUGACAAGCCGGAGCGAGCUUGAUAUCCGUGAAUCGUUGGAUCCUUCCCGUGACCAAGAUCUUUCGCUGAGGAAUUCGGAAACCGACAAAGAUGUAGCAAAAUUUGUCUCCUACCAGCUCAAAAACGACCUAAAACUGCAGAAAUGGAAAGAGCGUCAUGAAGAGAUUCAAAAACAAUUAACGACAAGUGCACAAGGAGUCUUCAGAUACAUCGAAUGUCAGUUCAAUGCCCUUCGGCGGGUGAAAAACCGGAACCAGCUUGAUGAAUGCCUGUGUACAUUACCCCGCGAUCUAGAUGAAACGUACGAGCGAAUCUUGUGCAGUAUCAGCGAUGAAUAUGUUGAGGACGUGAAGAGGGUUCUGACCGUGCUUUGCUUCUCCACCCGACCGCUCACAGUCACUGAGCUGAUCGACGCACACGCUGUUGAUUUACGUGAGCCACCACGCCUUGACCGUGAAGGCCGUUCAUAUGAGCAAGAUGAUCUUGUCGAUAUUUGCCUUGGUCUUAUCGAGAUUGCGGCCGCAGAAGACGACAAUGGGCAAAGCAUCUUGGCUGCCCGCAUUGCACAUUUUUCCGUCCAGGAGUAUCUUCAAUCAGAUCGCAUCUUGCAACAAAAAGCAGCAAGGCUCGCCCUCCAAACUGCACGCGCCAAUAGAGAAAUAGCCCAGAUCUGUCUUGUCUACCUCCUGCAACCAGAACUCUCUGUGGGGGAGCUAGAUGAGACAAAGCUGGGGGAGUUCCCCCUUGCCUCUUUCGCGGCCAGACAUUGGUUUCAUCAUUUUGCAGCCUCCGCAGAAGAGAAGCCAAGAAUUGAGCGACUGGUGUUAAAGCUUUUUGACGAUGACACAGGGCCUUUCGUGACGUGGAUUAGGUUACAUGAUAUGGACCGUACAUGGAUGGCAAAUGCUCGUUAUGAUCGCUCUAUUGCCGAUAUAGCAUCUCCUCUGUACUACGCUGCCUUCCUGGGAUUGGGACACGUUUUAGAUAGGAUCCUAGCGGUCGAGACCAGCGGUGAAGGUUCACUGGGAACAGUGAACGCUCAAGGUGGACGACUCGGAAAUCCACUCCAAGCUGCAUCACUGAAAGGACAUGAGAGGGUGGUGCAAAUGCUGCUUGAUCGAGGCGCCGACGUCAAUGCUCAAGGCGGACAAUAUGGCAACGCGCUCCAGGCCGCUGCAGCGGAGGGCCAUGACAAGCUGGUGCAGGUGCUGCUUGAUCGAGGUGCCGACCACAACGCCCAAGGCGGUGAAUACGGCACAGCUCUUCACGCCGCAUUAAUUAUGGGCAAUGAGAACGUGGUGCAGAUGCUGCUUGAUAGAGGUGCUGAUGUUUUGCCUCAAGGUGAGGAAUGUCACACCUCUCUCCAGGUUGCAUUUAUAGGAGGCGAUAUGGAAAUAGCGCAGGUAUACAACAAAGGUGCCGACACCCACAGUUACGCGCUCCAGGUCGCGGCAAUUCAAGGCGACGAGAAGAUAGUACAAAUGCUGCUUGAUCGAGGUGCAGACGUCAAUGCCCACAGUACAGAGUUUGGCAGCCCACUGCAGCUUGCGUCGAUUUGGGCGCAUGAGAAGGUAGUGAAAUUGCUACUUGAUCGAGGUGCCGACGUCAACAUCCAAGGAGGGAGGUACGGCAAUGCACUCCAGGCUGCAUCAUGGAGGGGCCACGAAAAGGUAGUGCAGUUCCUGCUAGAUCGAGGUGCCAAGGUCAACGCCCAAGGCGGAGAGUAUGGCAAUGCUCUUCAAGCCGCAUUAUCCAAAGGUCAUGAAAAAGUGGUUCAGAUACUGUUGAAUUGGGGUGCCUGUGAUGAUUGUGAUGUUUCUUAG